AAAUAGAUAGUUCAAGAGUUUUGUUUUUUAUUUUUAUUAUUUUAUUUAUUUAUUUGUUUUGUUUUGUUUUUUUUUUUUUUUUGAGUUAAGGGGAUUAGAUUAGUUAUUGGCCCAUGGUUUAGGGUUUUUUUUUUCCACUUUACCCUGUUAAAUAUGAGAAGUCUAAGAUCGGUUGUAGAAAGCGAAACCAUAAACUCUAUAAAGGAGAACUACUAUUAAUUCGUCCUCACUCCCCGACUCCGCCUUCAACGCUCCACGCCUCGUUCUGCUAGCUAGAGAGAGAAAUAAACCAUGGCAGAUAUAGAGAGAAGUCCUUCUCAUCGUCAGCUUUCUCUCUGCAACUACUUUCCUGGAAAUUUUCUUCCCACAAGAAAGAAUCAAAGAAAAUGAGCGUCAUAGACGUUUUAUACCGAGUUGAUGCUAUUUGCAAGAAAUACGAAAAGUACGACUUCGACAAGCAGCAAGAGCUCAAUGCCUCCACCAGUGACGCCUUUGCUCGCAUCUACUCGGCUUUCGAAUCUGAAAUCGAAGCUGCUAUUCGCAAAUCGGAAAUUGCGUCCGUGGAGAAGAGUAGGGCCUAUGUGGUUGCGAUGAAUGCAGAGAUUCGUCGAACAAAGGCUCGGCUAUUGGAAGAAGUUCCUAAAUUACAGAAAUUGGCGCUGAAGAAGGUCAAAGGACUUUCUAAAGAAGAACUAGCUACCCGUAGUGAUCUGGUUCUUGCACUACCUGAGAGAAUUCAAGCUAUACCAGAUGGCACCACAGUUGCAGGCAAACAAACUGCACCCUGGGCAGCUUUAGCUUCUCAUAAGAAAAUCAAAUUUGACUCAGAUGGAUGCUUUGACAGCGAAUUGUUUCAACAAACUGAAGAAUCAAGCCAAUUUAGGGAAGAAUAUGAAAUGCGGAAAUUAAAACAGGAUCAAGGCCUAGACAUAAUAUCAGAAGGUUUGUCCACUCUGAAGGAUUUAGCUCAUGAUAUGAAUGAGGAAUUGGAUAGGCAAGUCCCAUUGCUUGAUGAAAUCGAUACAAAGGUAGAUAGGGCAACAACUGACAUUAAGAAUACUAAUGUUAGAAUCAAGGAAAAUCUUCAUAAGAUAAGAUCCAGCCGAAACUUUUGUGUCGACAUAAUUCUGUUGUGUAUUAUUCUGGGAAUCGCAUCAUAUUUAUACAAUAUACUGAAGUAAAUUAUCCUAAAACGUUUCUCAUACUUCUGGAUUGAUAUUCCUGCUGUCCGUCAUAAUGGCAUUGGUAAGAUCUGGGACUGUCAAACAUGAAAAUGAAGGUUCAAGUGGGAGGACAGCCAGUUUGUGCAAAUAAUACCGAAGUUUAGGUCUGUACCCCGUCCGCCCUUCCCAACGUUUUUAAUUAAAUGGGAGCUUACUGCAUAAUGGCCUUUUAGAUUAUAGGAUUGAUUGCCUGAGACUAUAUCAGCACUACCUCAUUCUGGGUCAGCAGGUGUUACUGGUAUAUGGACAGAUUGUACAACUUUUCUUCUAAUAAAAAAUAUUAUUGCUUUCAAUUGUAUUUAUUUCAUGAUAAAUUUGUUUACUGUGAUAUCAUGUAGAUUGCCUCCUUUAAGUUUCUUUAAUCGUGAGACUUAUAAAAAAAAAAGAAAAAGAAAAGUUUCUUUAAUCGUGAGGAGAAUGAAUGUGCAAGUAUGAGCCUCUUAACUUAAGAACCUAUCUAUCUUCUCAACACUAGUGGGGUUGGCAAUUCGUGUUAAUGGGUAGUGUUAUGUCAAAAUAAGACUAUAAGAGUACUUUGUUAAUCUGUCAACCCGAAUUUGAUCCAUUUUUUAAACGGAUCAAACACCAUUGACAAAAAAUACUGUCUUUUUAUUAUACAGGUAAUAAGACUAACCUAUAUAAUAAAUAGGUCAUAUAUAUAUAUAUCAUGUAACACGAUACGAUCCGUUUAGCAAUCUAUUUUUCUUAAU